GAACGGUGCACGCGAGAAACGGUGUGGUCUGAAAAGUUUUUUCCCAAUUUUCAUUCAACUGCAAAAAGAAGAGCAAUGUUGGUGGAACAAAUAAAAACGCCUGGAAAUAGGCCUCAUUUGAAGUUGCAAAACUAGGGCAUGCUAAAGGGCACUGGCUGUUUGAAAAAAAAGUUUUUGGAUAACACUUUGGACGGAAGUGACCACGUGUUGCGAAGAUGUGAUAGAAAACUGCACUUGUGAAUUAGAAGAAAACUUUCGACAGUUAUGAAAUUCGAUUGAUUCCAGUUGGGUACCUUCUAAGCAACGAAUUCGCGAAAUGGUCUUCCAUCGAAAAAGAGUGUAUGAGUGUGCAGAAUUUAUUCGUGAGAACGUGCCCAAAUAUAACGAACACUAAAAAAGGAUACUGUUUCGGGGAUAACAACAGCGACACACUAUAGUAACAUAUCGCGACAUUAACAUAAUAAACCGAUAAGUGCAAUAUAUUCAAAUGAGUACAACGAAAACCCGCGGAAAAUCAGCAAUUCACAUCAAUGAAAGUAUAAUUAGUUCCAAUUCCAGCAAUACGCAAAACACAUUGCUCAAAAUUGAAUCCGUCGUGCCAAAGCUUACUAGCCGUGUCAAUAAUGCAGCAGGAUUAAGUCAUUCGAAUAGGCUUAAAACAUUUCACCGUUCGCACAGUACGCUAAGCUCAUCAUACUUGAAAAAAAUCAGCGACAAGAAGAUCGUAGCCCCAAAAGAAGCCAUCGUUACAGAGCGUGAACACCGAAACACUAACAAUAAUGAACCCCAACCGGAUGGAUGUGUUUUUGUUCAAAAUGGGUCCACAAUUGUAAAGAGAUCGGAUAAGGAUCGCGAAAAACACCCCGAUAGAAUCAAUCUUGAUCGAAAAGGACUAGGUGCUAUACCGAUUAUUGAUGAUGAACCAAAUUUGCGUUUAUUAUCACUCCAACACAAUCUCAUCAAUGUGUUCAGCAUUCCAACGGAGACGGAUUCAAACAACAAUGAAGCGAAACAAACGGCGAUCCCGCAAACCACCCAAGUUUCCGGAAAAGCUCCCGUCUCCGGAACAACGCACAAUAAUCCCGCAAUCCCAAGCAAUGCAACCGCUAGAGAUACUUCAAUAUCCAACUCAUCCAACGGUCCAACAGCAAUGCCGACAACCACUGCUAAUCAUCAAUCACAUACCGCCAGCCGGACCGCCAAACAGUUUCUGAGGCAAAAAUCUACAUCUCGUAAUCAACUGUACGUCAACAACAAUUACAUGACCGGAAAAACAACCUUAGCAUCCAAACCCCUAAACGGAUUUGUCAAUGGGCAAUCUCCAACAAGUGCCACAAGCCCAACAAACGCGUUCCUCCAAAAGCCUUCUUCAAUAUUGUUAAAUGCUCAACACCGUAACCUGUUAAAGAAAUCCAACAGCUUCAUCAGUAACGCCACUCUCUUCCCAACCCCACCAUCGUACCAACAAACUGCUAGUAGCAUAGCCAAAUUGAAAAACAAACUACUCCUAACACCCUCUUUCAGCAUCGACAGCUUGAACAGCUUAAACGAAACUAACAUCGUGGAAUCGCCUAGUUAUAAUAAUAGCGGAAAAACUACACCAACUUGUACGGCACCAACAAACGGGACCAGCUACACGCAUCCUCAAAACCAUAUUUCGCCUAUUCUUUCAGCGGCCGAACCACGUUACAAUCUGCAAAAUCUCGUAUUCCUGGACCUUUACGAUAAUCAGAUCGAAAAAAUAUCCUGCCUUGAUGGUCUUAAAUGCAUAACGGUGCUAUUACUCGGUAAAAACCGAAUUUCCGACAUCAGUGGUUUGACGUCUCUUCGACAAACGCUUCGGGUGCUGGAUCUUCAUGGUAAUAAAAUAAGCAACAUUUCAGCAAAGAUCAAUCAGCUUCAAGAGCUCAAAUCUCUAAAUUUAGCUGGUAAUCAACUACGUCAAAUCCAUGCUCAAGAUUUCAGUGGAUUAGUAAAUCUAAAAGAACUAAAUCUAAAGCGAAAUCGACUGAAAAAGAUUCAUGGAUUUGACGAUCUGCGAAGUCUCGAACGACUGUGGCUGUGCCAUAACGAUCUCCAGUGCGUUGAAGACAUGUCGGCCAUCGCCAAGGCGAUCAACCUUAAAGAGGUGACUAUCGAAAACAACCCCGUUUCGCUGGCCGGAGACUGCGUCUCUUUCCUGGUGAGUUAUCUGCCCGGUUUGGUUUCUCUCAGCCAAAUGCAGAUCACCGAGCAGGUUCGACGAGCAGCCUCCGCAUGGCGAAAGAAUAAAGAACUAUCUGACUUGAACUACACCAACCUUACCACGGAUGUCUGUCACAAUAUACGGCGGGAAGAAAUAAUAUCCAACGCCCGAACCAAUUGGGAACUGCUCAGAUCCCAACAGUCUGCUGCUUGCCGCAAUGUUCAACGAACAGCCAACGGAGCCCAUGCCUCCAUAAGAAAAGAAGUAGAAGUAGAAAUACCCGCUAGUACCCCGGAUUCUGCUAAAGAAAUCAAACUAAAGAAGACAAGCAACAUCACCGGAACAAACACUAACAACAUCAACAGAUCGAGGACCCCCAAAAGACAGCCAGCUAAAAAGAUCACCAGAUCAUCGUCUCAAGACAACUCUGGAUCGCAGGUUUCCGAGCAGGACGCUGAGGAGUACUUUCGAUUGCCACCUAUCCUAGCACCUUUUCUGGAACAGAAUGCACCGGCAGAAUCCGCAGCCGAGAAAGUAGAAUCUUCCGAAUCAAGCGCACACCAUGCAGACUCAAGCGUUUCAAGCGCACUCAGCACCGAUGACGAGGAAGCUCAAGCGAAACUUGACGCAAAAACAUCUACUCCAACUACGCCCGAAACAAAAGACACGCCCGAAGAGCCACAAAGCGAUCAAGAACAGAUCGCACCCUCCUGCCUAACGGACGAAUCAAACAACGAUAAACUAUCAACGCUUUCCACCUUAUCAUCAAAAACAGCGUCCGACUCUGCAGGAACGGUAUCGUCGGCCUCUGACUUUGAUCAAUCACGGCACAGUGGCAGUCAUGCGCCAAAGCCGAAAGUAGGAGUUCCCACCAAACGGUAUGGUGUAGGAACGCUCUCCAGAACCAAUACUGCCCGCAGCAACGCAGCUGUAAUCAACAAUGUAUGCAAUCUAGCCAACACGUCCAAUUUGGCCACCCAAAGUAUUCCAAAUUCAAACUCUUCUAACAAUGUAACCUCCAAUGUUCUCAAUCCGAGCACUUGUGUAGCUCCUACCAAAGUAAAGGUCACCGAAAGAGAACGGGAACAAGGUGGCGACUAUCUGAUCGAAAUAUGCGGUCGAUACCUCAAUGUUUACGGGCUCGGUGCACUCAAAUUCAUCGAUAAACAGUGGAACAUGACCAAGGCUGGCGAUGUCAACACCGUCAAGUUCAGUUACAUCAACUUCAACAACAUCACAGCGAUUCUUUGUCGAAUAAAGAUCCGUUUCGUGAAUGCUGAGAACUUUAUCUUCAAAGAAACGAACAUCACCUGUCUGGGUCAGAUCAACGCACUUGCAGAGAGUCAAGGGAUAGCUUCGUUGACGAUUGAUCCCGAAGGCAAUCCGAUCGCCAGCAAAUCAUGGCGAAACUAUGCCAUCUACCGACUUUCCCACUGGGGAUUGAAGCACAUCAAUGGGAUAGAAAUAACCGAGGAUGAAAUUCACAUGGCAGAGCACACGUACAGUGGCCUCUCGGAUUUGGUGCUGUGGUCGUUGCCGGAGAUAUUGCUACAGCCGCUUCUACAGCGAUUGCGUCUGGAAGAGACAGUACAUGCUUCAAAAAUGACUGCCAAAGAGUGGUUAAUGCAGGCAGACAGCUCCCUUAAAAAUGUAGUCGGCAAGGAGGCUUUACAGUGGAAGAAACACAGUGUGACGCAGGACGAUAUCGCUAUGCGCGGCAAAGGGAAGGUUUACUUUGCCCGGAUGCUUGAUAACACCUGCAACGCAGUAGAUAAACUACAACAGCUGGACAGUAUGUGGCCUGCAUUACUGGUGGAGAUGGUGCGAAACACCUUGAUCGACUACUCGCAGAUCGAUGUGUAUGUGCGAAACCUCAUGAUGGAACUGCUUAAAUGAUAUACUGCCGGAGUCGUUUCCCUGUCCAGAGCAACUGCCAUCGCCAAUCGAAAGCAACUUAUAACCAGAAAAACACAUCAGCGGGGAGAUAAAAAAUAAAAAUGUUUCCAUCUGCACAGAUCUGUGUUCAACAAAAACGCACCCAGAAAAAAAACGACUCCUGGCAUAAAAAAUUCAUCAAAAAAUACAAACAUGACGACGAUGUAUUCUUUAAAGUAGAGCAGCCGAAACAAAAUUAAAAUCUCUCCUAGAUAUUAUGUAUAACGUCUCACUCGAGAUCACCGAAAUGUGAGCUCGUCGAAAAUACACCGCAUAAAUUUCUCAAAAACAACAUUGUAAAACCGGCGUGACACGAGUAAUUGUUAAAAUUGAAUCUAGAAAGCUCACCACGAGUCAAGGUAGUGUUUUUUAUGUUAACAAUCAACACUUAGCAAUGCUACUUUUGUCUAUGAAAAAGA